GUUUUCUCCUUGCUCUUCUUGUUUUCAUCUCAUUGUCCUGCGCACCGACCUCUGACCUCUGACCUCUGAUGUCCUAACAUCGUCGCUAUUCUGUCUGAUUCCGUCCGGUCGGGAAAAAUCAGAUCAUGGAUUAACGGAGAAGGACACAAUCAAACACAAAGUCGGAGAGCACCUUUGUCGGCGAGUUCGGCACAAUGAAGACGACGGAGCCUUUCGGCGAGGCGUCCACGAUUGCCGGCUUGAUUCUUACCUCGGCCGUGCCCCAUCGGUGAGGAACGCCUGGAAAUGUAAAGUGGCUUCGGGGUCAACAAGGACUCUGUGUUGUCAAACGGAAAUUCAACCAGUGCAACUUCUUUACUCAUACCAGAAUGUCGACUGUUUUCCUCCGAAUUGUUAUUUUCAGUUUGACCUUUUUGAAUUCAGUAUUAAAAAUUUAUGGCCGGCCGGACAACAUAAUUCUCAUUUUGACGGACGAUCAAGAUUUAGUGAAAACAGGCUUUAUUUCUUUACCAAUGACACGUUAUUUGAUUGGAGAGCACGGAAGUACAUUCACGAACGCGUUUGCGACGACCCCAGUUUGCUGCCCAAGCCGCUCUUCAAUUCUAACCGGUCGUUAUUUGCACAAUCACGGUGUUUUGAACAAUUCGUUGUCUGGUGGGUGCGCAUCUGAGGCGUGGACGGAAAAUCACGAAGACAACGGGACGUUUGCUGUCCACCUAAAAAAUCGGGGAUACAACACGUUUUACGCUGGGAAGUACUUAAAUCAAUACGGUAAGAAUGGUCCUGCCGUACCAAAAGGUUGGGACUGGUGGAUGGGCCUUGAGGGCAACUCUCGCUACCAAAACUACACCCUUUCCGUGAACGGCACCUGGCGCGAUUACGCCGAUCGCCCUGACGAUUACCUUACUGACGUCAUGGCCAAAAGUGCGUUAGAAUUUCUGAAUCAGGGCCACGUCCGAAGUGAGCCCUUUCUGAUGGUCCUCGCCACCCCCGCCGCCCACGACCCUUUCACCCCUGCCGAAAGAUACAAGGAUCGUUUCGAGCACGUCAGAGUGCCCAAGGGAAAGGAUUUUAAUUUGCACAACCAGGGGAAACAUUGGAUUGUUCAAAAUAUGCCGCCUCACACUUUAUCAGACGAAACCAUCUCCAAAAUUGACGACAUUUACAGAAAUAGAUUGAAAACUUUGCUCUCCGUCGACGAGAUUGUGGAGAAAAUUGUGUUGAAAUUGGAAAAAUUGCAGAUUUUAGAAAGGACUCAUUUGAUUUUUACCUCCGACCAUGGAUAUCAUUUAGGGCAAUUUGCUCUACCCUGGGACAAGAGACAACCGUACGAAUUCGACCUGAGGGUGCCUUUUGUGAUUCGCGGCCCUGGAAUUCCAAAAAAUCAGUCUUUCCCCUUUCCUGUGCUUUUGACCGAUCUGGCGCCAACCUUUUUGCAAAUCGCUGGAACUAAAGACGAUGAGGCUGAUGGAGUUUCCUUAUUUAAUUUGAUCGAGGCUGAAAAAUUAAACAGGACCUUCUUGAUCGAGUUUCACGGUGAAGCGCAUUCUGAUUCGGUAUCUGAAAAUUGCCCCGACGUCUACAGAGAUAGAGAUCAAUUUUUUCAAUGCACCUUGGAAAAUUCAUGCAAGUGCCAAGACGUGAGAAACAACACGUAUCACUGUCUGCGUCACCUCUCGGACAGGUGCGACUUUAUUUUCUGCCACUUUGAAGAUGAUGAGGAUUUUGAGGAGUUCUACGAUUUAAGGUCAGACCCUUUGCAACUCGAGAACACGGCCAGCGUUCUUCCGCCGCAUCAUUUGCAAUUUUACAGGAAAAGUUUGCACAAGUUGAAAAAUUGCAAGGGUCGCGAUUGCAGAGAAUUGAGGAAGAUGAAAGUUUUGUGCCCUUUGGAAACUCAAAAGAAUAAAUAAAACAAUCAAUUUAUUUCUCUUUUUGACGAAUAGUGCGAUGACAAGUUUUGCUCGGUUUUAAUUUGUUUUUAUUUUUCUCCAAUUUUUAAAUACAGAAUAUUAGAAUUAAUUCUAUUUUAAGAAUUUUAAAAUUCAAAAAACAAAUAUUCUGCAUUGAAAUAUUAAGGAGAAAAAUAAUGUAAUUUAUUUUUUCAAUUUUUUUUUAAAUGUGGUUAAAUUUGGUUAAAUGUCAGCUUAUUUUAAUAAACAGCUCAUGUAAAAUAUUUAAUUUUUAAACUUCAUUUACUGAAAAAUGUUAAUUAGAGGAUUUUUAUAGACGCUUUUUGGUUUUUUGAUAAAUAUAGCUCAUCCUCUCUCCCCAUUACCGCGGGGUAUUGACCUUUGGUUUACAAUAACAAAAACUCUUUACUUUGUUAUCAAGAACACCUCGGUUGUCAAUUAAUUAUACCGUGAGAAAUAAAACUCAACAACAAUACAUUUUACUUUUCCUACAGAACUAAUUAAAUUAUAUAAUAAACAAUUAAGGAAAGUUUUUUUUUAAUGCAGAAAAAGAUAUUAAAUCUUAAUAACAGAAAUUACACACUGCUUUGUUUGAAUAAAAACUAUUUCUAAAAUAGUCUGGGACGCCGGAGAAAUGUAGAUCGGUCAAGCACAAACUGGUGCUCUAAUUUGUUAGUCCCUCUUAAAAUAUGAUAAACUGAACUUAUAUAUAGUUGAGAGGCUUUGAAGGUGCUCGUCACUACUGAUUGUAAAUGAGACACGCGCGUUGUGGAAUGGGUCGGUCGGUGGGAAAAGUUUUUUUCUUCUGCCUCUGCGUCUCUUACGUAACUUCAGCCCCGUGGCGAUUUUCGCCCGAGGAAAAUUUGCAGCUCUUUGAAGGGGACAUCAUUAAGGUCAAGGUGCGAUUUCCUUUAUUUUGGACGGGGGUUGAUUUGUUGUUUUCGUGCAGGUCCAUGAUCAUAGCGUGCGGAAUCUGGUGAUCGACGAAGGCCGCCUCUGGCCGAACAAAACUGUUUUCUACGAGUUUGCCGAAGACGAAUAUCAUCCGAUGGAGCAAAUGUGGAUCGAACAGGCAAUCAAAUCAUUGCAAAAACUUACUUGUGUGCAAAUCAAGAAAAGGGUUGACGAGGAAAACUACUUGCACAUCCAGAAUA